AUGUUGAUCAAAAUCACUGAGGUGGAGGCCGUCGAGGCGAUCAAGAUCAGCUGUCCUCAGCCCUACUUUGUGGAGGAUGAGAUCUAUGCCGCCGAGUCGGAGUUGCGCAAUGCCAAGCCUUUGAGGCUGCUGGUGUCGACGCUGCCCGGGGCGACCUCCGAGCUGCCAGGCGGUCAAGAUGGCUCGCCAUGGAUUCUGGAUAUUUGCUUCGACUUCUUUGCCUGCGGCAACCCCUUUCUGACGCAGGUGCGGCCGGACAUCGCCGACGCCUUCGCGGAGGUGCUGAACGGCGCCGCCUUCCGGCAAGGCCCUGCCAGUGACCCCAUGGCCUUGCGAGAGGACUGCGGCCGCUUUGAGGCGGCGUACGCGGCGGUGCUCGAGGCAGGCGUAGACUACUUGCAAAGGCUGUGCGGGUCACGACAGGGCGGGUACAAAGCCGAUGGUGAUGAGCUGGACGAUCGCGCACGGUACCAGCUGAAGGUGGUGCUGCAGUUCCUGCAGGAGAAGGAACUGAUCGAAGCGCUGGUGGCACUGGAGUCCGAAACCGGCGUGAAGUAUUGCGACGGGGAUUUGCCGGUGGCCGGCAUCCUGCAGUCCAGCCUGGACAUGUUCAGCAGGACCAGCGCGCCGGAAGCCGAGGUGGACGCAGACUCAAAGGCGGCAGAGGAAGCGCUGCAGGCCUUGAGUGGAGGGGCUUGCUGCACAGGGCCCUGUGAGGACCUGUCAGGUCCCGAGCCCUACUCGGCCAACGUCACGGCAGUGUGCUGGGCCGGCGCUGGGCUGUCGGAUCUGCGGGUCAUCGUGGCCACCGUGGACCGGCGGCUGAGGCUGUUGGCCGGGGAGGCUGUGGUGGAGUACAGCGACCUCAGCUCUCCCCCGUUGGGCUUGGCGGCCGCAGGGGAGGAGCUUCUGGUGCCGCUGGGCCUUGAAAUCGCGGCCAGCCCACUUUUGAGAGCCAAGGUGGGGGGAACCAGAGCAUUCCGUAUCCCUUACUAUGCUCUUCAGAUGCCUAGAUUCAGGCCAAGCCGCUUGGCUCAAGCAAAUCUGGCUUGCCUUGGCCUUUCGCAACAGGCGCAGGUGGCUCAAAUGAAAGCGCUCGGGCAAACCGCAGGCGCCCAAGCCCAGGUGCCAUCUUGGGCUCCAUUUCUUUGA